GGAAGCUUGAAGUGGAAAGUGAAUUUUUGAUAGUAUAGAAAAGUUAAUUUCAUAUAUAAUCAUGAAAAGCCAGGAAAAACUACAGAUAUGAUAAGGUGAGUUAGUGAUAUUGAAAACGUUAAAAUACGUAUGUAAGAAGAAAAGAACAUUGGAACAAUCAUGACUUCGUGAAACCGCCGAAAUGAAAACUUAAAAUAGUUAAAACAAUGGAAGUUGAAAUUGAGGAAGAACUUAGUCCUGAUGGUGAUUUAGGUUUAGGCUUAGGUUUAAAACCAGGUGGAAUUCCUUACUUUUGUGUGGAUUGUGAUUGUUCAAAAGAUGCUAAAAAUGAAAUGCAGAAAGGGUCAGGACUUCCACACUUUGCCUAUAAAUGUCACACUAAAAAUUGUUUUUUAAACACUAAGUAUAGAGGAAAUGGAACUGGAAGACAAACUCCAAGAAAAGUAAUUUAUUCGUCUGAAAAUAGAUUGUAUUCGUCAUAUUUGAAUUUGAUAAACAAAUCAUGGAUACAACUGUGCAAAAGAAAGUUUUCAAGCUCAAAUAAUCUAGAAGUAGGAAAGAAGAAGGAAGAAGGAGAAAUUACAAGAGAAACUUUGUCUGUUCAACUUGAAGAGCAGAAUCCAUUGGUUAUACGUAUUGGUACAUCCCUUCGGAAACAGAGAGAGAUAUUUUACUCAGAUCUUCAAGCUGUAAUAGAAAAAUAUGGAGCAAAGGAAAUUGAUUUGGACUAUGAAAAAAAAUAUUCACCUUGCAGAUGUGAUAAUAUUGAAGAAAAAUUGUUUGUACUUCAUGAAGAACUAAAUGAAAUGUAUGAGAGAAAUGAUCAGCUGAAAGGAGAAUUGGAUAUUUAUGAAAAACUUUUGUAUGGAAAGUACAAAGCCUCUGAAGUACUACUGCAACAGUUAAACAUAGCAGAGAAUGAGAAGGAUGAGGUUGUUAAAAUGGGACGAGAAGUUUCCAGUGAACUGCAACAAGAAGUUAACUCUUUGCAGUUUGAACUUCAGUGUACAGAAGGCCAGUUAUCAGACAUUCAACAGCAAUGGCUUGACAGAUAUAACAGUGUGUGUAGAGAAAAUGAUGAGCUUAAAGCAACAGUUAGAGACCAGGCUAUGAAGUUGAAGAAAAUCACUCUUGAAAAUCAAGGUUUGAAACGAGAAUGUGAUGAAAUGUUAGCAAUGCUCGAUGUCAGAGAAAGAAAUUAUUAUAAACGUUCUCUGUCCAUAUCUUCUGAUGACAGUUUCUCUGAGGCAUCAUCAUUUCAACUUGGAGUCCUGGGAGCUUGUGUGUGUAGAGGGUCAAAGCAAGAACCCUGUGGCUGUGCCAAAGCAGCAUGCCUUAAGCAACAUACCAUAGCUGAACUACUACUAGAGGUGGAAGGGUUACAGAGUAGAUUAGAAGAAGCUCAACAGGUAAUUGAUGUUUAUCGUGAAGCUUUUGAAGAACAGCUGAAAAAGAACCAAAGUAUGACUAGAAAACUUAAUGAACUUAAACCUGAAAGUGAAGAACAAUAUAAAGGUUCUUUGAAAAAUGGAAUUUUGAAACAAAAGCCUAAAGAAGGAAGAAAAAGACAGGAGGUAGUGAAAGACUUGGUGGAGAUGCUCUGUGACAGAAAUGAAGCUUUGAUUCAUCAGCGUCUUGUAACCAAACUGUUAGCCAAACAAUUAGCACAAUAUGAAAAUGUGAAACAUCAUCGUAUUUCAGUCACUAAUGACAUAGACGAAGAAGAAGAAGAGGAAAUAAUACAAUAAAUUUUGAAGUUUUAUAAUUGAAUAUUAUUUUAGUAUGUCCAUCUCUGAAUGUCAUUUACAUACUAAAGCAUAUUGCUUCUCUAAAAGUGCAGUAUUGUGUAAUGAAUUUUGGUUUUUUUCUUCAUAGCUAGUUCUAAUUAGCUUCAGGAAUAUUUUUGCUCUUGUUUUUAAUAUAAACUUUUUGUUUUCAGUGAUAUAAGCUAAUAAUAAAUUUUAAUGUUGUGUUAAGUACAUUCUAAAGUUGUUUUCUUUAAAAUUUAUAAACAAAUACAAAGAAUUGACUUAAAUAACACAUGGCCCAGCUUGUGAAAACCUUUUUUGGGAUUGUUUUGAUAAUAAAAAAAACUGCAGCAUUUUGUCAAAGUUCACAUUAGCAGUUGAUAUUUAUUGAUAUUUGUGAAGUAGUUUUGUACAUCAAUGAAAGUUUAAAGAACCUACUACCUGACAUUUAUUGAUAUUUGUGAAGUAGUUUUGUACAUCAAUGAAAGUUUGAAGAACCUACUACCUGACAUUUAUUGAUAUUUGUGAAGUAGUUUUGUACAUCAGUGAAAGUUUAAAGAACCUACUACCUGACAUUUAUUGGUAUUUGUGAAGUAGUUUUGUACAUCAGUGAAAGUUUAAAGAACCUACUAUAUGAUAUUUGUGAAGUAGUUUUGUACAUCAAUGAAAGUUUAAAGAACGUACUACCUGACAUUUAUUGGUAUUUGUGAAGUAGUUUUGUACAUCAGCGAAAGUUUAAAGAACCUACUACCUGACAUUUAUUGGUAUGUGUGAAGUAGUUUUGUACAUUUAUGAGUAUUAUGUUCCAUUCAAUUGCAUGUAUGAAGUAAGUGUUUUUGUUUGGUAAGCGUGGUUAUUUCCUUGUGAUAUAUUACAAUAUAUUAGUUUAUAUAACAUUAGUUUAUAUAUUUUAAAGCAUAUAAAACAAAUUAUUAUGGGCUUUGCACUGUCACUGGCAAUAUUUUUCUUUUAUAUUUCUUGUACAUCAAGUUAGUAGGGUAUCAUUUACAGUAUUUCUUCCCAGAACAAUUGUUUUGUUUCAAUGUUAGCGAUACUGUUCUUCUAAGAGAUUAAAGAAAGAAGAAAAUCUUUUUCGAUUCUUUUUAUACAUGCUGCUAGUCAACGGUGAAUUUUUUUAUGUUGAAUAUAUAGUACUCUUUAGUGAUAAUAGAAAAUUCUACUUGGCAACGUUCUCUGUAACAUUCUAGUCGAUAACGUUGAAUAUUGAAGCUGUCAUGCAGAGUAUAAUCAUGUGGUACUACAUAUACAAAUGUGUAGAUGUAAAUAAAGUAUCUAAAUUUUACGAUGCAAUAUAUGAGAAGGACAUAUGUUCCUGGGAAACAAGUAUGAUGAAUAUAACUGGUGUAUCUAAAUACAUUUACCACCAUAUUGUACGUGAGAAACAAGCAUGAUGAAUAUAACUGGUGUAUCUAAAUACAUUUACCACUAUAUUGUACAUGGGGAAACAAGUAUGAUGAAUUAUAACUGGUGUAUCUAAAUACAUUUACCACCAUAUUGUACAUGGGAAACAAGUAUGAUGAAUAUAACUGGUGUAUCUAAAUACAUUUACUACCAUAUUGUACAUGGGGAAACAAGUAUGAUGAAUAUAACUGGUGUAUCUAAAUACAUUUACUACCAUAUUGUACAUGGGGAAACAAGUAUGAUGAAUUAUAACUGGUGUAUCUAAAUACAUUUACCACUAUAUUUUACAUGGGAAACAAGUAUGAUGAAUUAUAACUGGUGUAUUUAAAUACAUUUACCACUAUAUUGUACGUGAGAAACAAGUAUGAUGAAUUAUAACUGGUGUAUUUAAAUACAUUUACCACUAUAUUGUACAUGGGAAACAAGUAUGAUGAAUUAUAACUGGUGUAUUUAAAUACAUUUACCAUUAUAUUGUACAUGGGGAAACAAGUAUGAUUAAUAUAACUGGUGUAUCUAAAUACAUUUACCACUAUAUUGUACAUGGGGAAACAAGUAUGAUGAAUAUAACUGGUGUAUCUAAAUACAUUUACCACUAUAUUGUACAUGGGGAAACAAGUAUGAUGAAUAUAACUGGUGUAUCUAAAUACAUUUACCACUAUAUUGUACAUGGGAAACAAGUAUGAUGAAUAUAACUGGUGUAUCUAAAUACAUUUACCACCAUAUCAUUACACUUGUUUCUCUAAGCAUACCCUUGUUUUUCUAGCUUUGACCUGAUUCAGCAUAUAACCUAAUAAUGAUAUAAGUAGCAUUUUAACUAAAUUUUUGUUAUUGUAAUCCAGCUGGCCUGGUAUAACCUGAUAUUAAGCAAAAACUCUGUUGUUCUACUAGUAAACACAGUCUAGUUCAAAUGCUAUUAUACAUUCUUUCUAUAAAUUAAUUAAGAACAGGAUAAUUAAAACUAUUUAUAGUUAUAUUAAGAUAUUUUUAUUGUACUGGUUAUUUGAUGAUGGAUUGCCAGACACAAAGUUAACUUGGGAAUAAUUAUUUUUUUCUGAAACAGGUGAAAUAAUUAGGGAGGUCAGCUUGCAGUUUACAUGUUAUUUGCCUACAUAUGUUUUUAGUGCUUUAACUUUGGAAAAAAUUAAGUUGCUUCUGUAUCAGUUGCAUACAUAAAGGAAGGUAACAGUUUGAAAAUCAAGGAAUUUUUUCCACAUCAUAUACUUUGGGUAGUGUUUUCAUUAAAAAAACCUAUUUGUGCCUUGCAGUUAUGUUUAUUUAUUUGUUGAUUGUGACUUGAGCCUAUCAGUUAUACAUUUGUGAAAACCUGUUUUUUUUUGUAAAUUAUCUUUAAUUUAAUGAUUGCAAUUUACUGUCUUGUUCACACAAUUUUGAAGUUGUGAUUUGGUUUAAAUUAUGAAUUUGGAAAGGUAAACUUAACUGUUGAAACUAAUAGUCUGAUUGUAGUUUAACUAUAUCUUUGUUACAAAGUGCAUAUUUCUAUAGUGGAGAGAUUCCUGUGUAUAGGAGUCCGAAGGUUUGCAUAUGGUCUAGAAAAAUAGAGAAAGAAAGAGAUAUACAUGGUAGAUUUCCGCACAAAAAUUAUUUUUGUAAUAUGCACACCUUAAAAAUGUUUCAUUGCUUAGUUAAAAUAAUUUAUCAAAUAAUUCUCUACAUAUGUUAAAAGCAAACAUGGAAUGUUUAGGUGUAGAUUGCCAUAAUGUUGACCUAAGAGUAAAUGUUUUGAGAGUUUUAUUAUUAUCUUGAAAUGUAAAUUGGUUCAGUAUAUUUGUAAUUCAUAACUUCUGUUGUCAUCUGUGAGUUUUUAUUGUGGUUAUGCUCAAAGUAAUAAGUUAGUUAUAUGCAAAUACAUUUUUCUUAAGUAUAUAAUGUAAGUGUAUACAUGUAUAUAUGUAUAAAUAUAUAUCUACAGAGAGAGAAAGAGGUUAUGUGAAAUAAUGGCGUAAGACAUUUUCAAGGUUAUGCAGCAUGUCCUUUAUUUUGGCUGGUUGCAGCUGCUUAGUUAUCUGUUUCGGAUAACAUUAUUCCAAGUAAUUCCUAGUCAUUGUUUUUAUGGUUUUUAAGACCAAUAUUUCAAGAAAACUGUUAUAUCAAAUACUUUAAAAUAAAUAUAGGUUUUUUUAUAAUAUUUAUCCAGGACCACACUUUCUCAUUUUAAUAAUUCUUAAACACUCUUAAGGAUUACCUUUAUUCAUAAAGUGAAAUAAAAUUUGAAGAAACAAAGACUGAAAGUGAAAUUAUUUGCAAAUAUUGUUAAAAGUCAUUGAAGAUGAUAUUGAAAUAUUUCAUUAUAUCCAUAAAAGUCACAGAAAUAGAAGAAAGUGAGCAAUAUUUGAAUAAAAACUAUUUAAAAACAGAUGAGAAAAAUUGGGAUAUUUCACAGUUUCCAAAAGAUUUUAAGUUUACAAUGGCAGUGUAAUAAAAAAAAAUUGCCUUAAUUUCAUGUGAAACUAAUUAUAAUAUAAAGGACUUAUUUAGUGUAUAAAUCUAAUUUCAACAUUGGUUAUCAUAAUAUUAGAAGAAUAAAUUAGUAGAUAUUACUUACUCUUCAAAUUCCAUACAUAUAUAUAGGUUACUUGUAGUGAGUAGAGGACAAUGCAAACACAAUGUUAUGGUUUCCCUUGUUAUAAAAUAAUGUUAUGCACUUUUAAAGUUAGUUUAAAAUUUUUAAAUAUAUGUUUUAAAUUUUUCAUCUCUGUUCUGUUUAAGUUUGUUUUUAAUUUAAUGAAGUUUUAAUAAGUAUUUUUUCUUUAUGACUGUGGCCUCCUCAAGGAAAAGUGAUUUGUUAUUUUCUCUUUCCUGGUAAAGUUAUUCUUUGGGUUUUUAUGUAGAUUAAUAUAUAUAUAAACUAGUUUUUAGAACUAUGGUUUAUAAAUCAGUGGCCUUUUUUAAAAUGAUUUUCAGUAUUUCCAAUUACUGGUAAUUUUCUACUUCAUUAAUUAUCCUUAAGAAAUUGUUUUUGGGCUUCAUGAUCAGAUAAUGUAAAUGAAAAAAGAUAAGAAUAAAGUUGUCCUUUUGACAUUUGAA